UGGAUUAUCAGGACAGAGCUUUGCCGUUUUAGUGGUGCCAAGAUAUACCCUGGCAAAGGCAUCAGAUUUAUUCGCUCAGACUCCCAGGUUUUCCUCUUUGCCAACUCGAAAUGCAAGAGGUACUUCCACAACCGCUUGAGGCCUGCGAAGCUUACUUGGACCGCCAUGUACCGUAAACAGCACAAGAAGGAUAAUGCUGCUGAAGCUGUAAAGAAGAGGCGUAGGACCACGAAAAAGCCCUACUCAAGGUCCAUUGUGGGUGCCACAUUGGAAGUCAUCCAGAAGAGGAGAACCGAAAAGCCUGAAGUCCGUGAUGCUGCACGUGAAGCUGCUUUACGUGAAAUUAAAGAGAGGAUCAAGAAAACUAAGGACGAGAAGAAGGCUAAAAAGGCAGAGUUGGUUUCUAAGCAGAAAACGAGCAAGGGCAAUAUGCCCAAAGGAGGCUCGGGACCUAAGGGUCCCAAGAUUGGCGGUGGUGGUGGCAAGCGUUAAAUUUUAUUUUCACUUUCUUUUUUUUGUUGCCGUGAGUUUCAACAUGGAGAGGUAUAUUGGGAUAGCAUUUGAUCUGUGCCGAUUCUUUUUGUUACAGAAUUGGUUGUUAGACAUCUUUGUUCAAGAUUUAGUUUGUGAUGCUCUGGUGAGAUGGGCUUCUUUGUUAGAAAUUAGCUUUCAGUAUAUAUUUCUUUCAUUGAUUGAGCUCUAUACAUUUCUUGAUUAAACCUCUGGUUGGUUCUCUUGGAUCUGGAAAAUCUGGAAUUCCCCUAUUUCCUCCUGCUUUGUAUAUGGUUCCAACUUCCAAGUUUUCAGCACGCCGGUCUGAGCAGACCCGUCUGACUGGGCCCAUGGAAUUAUUGUGGCCUGGCCCAUUAAAUGGUAAUGGGUUUACUUGUUGGGUAGUUUGUUUGAAGCUUGUUGGAGCAUUGGCUUGAUACUCUGGAGCAGUUAAGCAAGCAUUA